AACCAGCAAGUCUCACUUGUUAAAAAGACCCCCUUAAGUUGGAGAAGGCAGAAAGGCAAUAGCAGGAAAGAAAAAGUCGACGUCUGGAAAAAAUUACCCAGUCCCUACUCUGAGAAGCUCAUUGAACUAGGGACUUGAACUGGCCGGCAUCAGCCAAAGAAGACUUUCUCCUGAUGCUGCACAUCUUGGGACGACUUCUGCUGACUCUUCAUGAGAGUAGCUUUUGAAACUGAAAGGACACUUUCUCAUAUACAGAGCUGGGAGCAAGAGGGGGAAAAUUGGUAAUUUAUUUUAAGGGCACAAGCAAUACACGUCGAGAGUUUGAGACCCGACGCUGAAUUUAAAUAAGAAAUACAGAAAAAAAUUACAAUAUCCACUAAAAGUGGGAAGAACAGUGCAUCUUAGGGUCCACAGAACCCCUCUUUUUAAUGUUAUUUUUUAUUUUUUUAAUUUUUUUGGCCGGCCGUCUGAAAUUCAUCUGAUCUCUUAUUACCUCAAUUUUGGGAACUGCUCACUACCAACCCACUGGGACCACACAGCAGGCUGAAGAAGACCUUUAUGACCAAAAGCUGAACAAGAUGCAUUGUGAGAGGUUUGUCUGUAUCCUGAGAAUAAUUGGAACUACCCUUUUUGGAGUCUCCCUUCUCCUGGGGAUCACAGCUGCUUAUAUUGUUGGCUACCAGUUUUUCCAAACAGAAAAUUAUUAUUUCUCUUUUGGACUCUAUGGUGCUUUCUUAGCCUCACAUCUUAUCAUCCAAAGCCUAUUUGCCUUUCUAGAGCACAGGAAAAUGAGAAGAUCACUAGAAACUCCUAUUAAGUUGAACAAAUCUGUGGCUCUUUGCAUUGCUGCAUACCAAGAAGACCCUGAUUACUUAAGAAAAUGUUUACUUUCUGUGAAAAGGCUAACCUAUCCUGGGAUUAAGGUGGUCAUGGUCAUAGAUGGCAAUUCUGACGAUGACCUGUAUAUGCUGGAGAUCUUCAGAGACGUCAUGGGCAGGGACACUGCGGCCACUUACAUCUGGAAGAAUAACUUCCACACAAAAGGCCCUGGUGAGACGGACGAGUCACAUAAAGAGAGCUCACAGUACAUAACCCAACUGGUCUUGUCCAACAAAAGUGUUUGCAUCAUGCAAAAAUGGGGUGGAAAAAGAGAAGUAAUGUACACAGCAUUCAAAGCACUGGGGAGGAGUGUGGAUUAUGUGCAGGUAUGUGAUUCAGAUACCAUGCUUGACCCAGCCUCAUCUGUGGAAAUGGUCAAGGUCUUAGAAGAGGAUCCUAUGGUUGGAGGUGUUGGUGGUGAUGUGCAGAUUUUAAACAAAUAUGAUUCUUGGAUCUCAUUUCUUAGCAGUGUGAGAUACUGGAUGGCUUUUAAUAUAGAGAGAGCUUGUCAAUCCUAUUUCGGCUGUGUACAGUGCAUUAGUGGACCCCUAGGAAUGUACAGAAACUCUUUGCUUCAUGAAUUUGUAGAAGACUGGUACAAUCAAGAAUUUAUGGGCAACCACUGUAGCUUUGGAGAUGACAGACAUCUGACUAAUCGAGUGCUGAGCCUGGGGUAUGCCACAAAAUAUACUGCCAGAUCUAAGUGCCUUACAGAAACACCCAUAGAGUACCUGAGAUGGCUAAACCAGCAGACCCGAUGGAGCAAAUCAUACUUCCGGGAGUGGCUGUACAAUGCCAUGUGGUUCCAUAAACAUCAUUUGUGGAUGACCUAUGAAGCAGUUAUCACUGGAUUCUUUCCUUUCUUCCUCAUUGCCACAGUUAUCCAACUAUUCUAUCGGGGGAAAAUUUGGAAUAUUCUCCUUUUUCUAUUGACUGUCCAGUUUGUGGGCCUCAUCAAGGCUUCCUUUGCCAGCUGCCUAAGAGGGAAUAUCGUCAUGGUCUUCAUGUCCUUAUAUUCGGUGUUGUACAUGUCAAGUUUGCUCCCAGCAAAGAUUUUUGCCAUUGCCACCAUAAACAAGGCAGGGUGGGGCACAUCAGGAAGGAAAACCAUUGUGGUUAACUUUAUAGGACUCAUCCCAGUGUCCGUUUGGUUUACAAUCCUUCUGGGCGGUGUAAUUUUCACCAUUUACAGGGAGUCCAAAAAGGAAUUUAGUGAUUCUAAACAGACAGUUCUUAUCAUCGGUUCAUUAGUCUAUGCAUGCUAUUGGGUUAUGCUGUUGACUCUCUACGUGGUUCUCAUUAGCAAGUGUGGCAGGCGGAAGAAAGAGCAACAGUAUGACAUGGUGCUUGAUGUAUGAGCUGAUGAGCUGACUUCUUAAAGUUUGCGGUCACACACAUACACACCACACUUUAGUCAUCUUCUGUAGGAACUGUAAGGAGCUGGGGGCAUUGGAUAAUGUCACCAAGGGAAAUACUUCACUGCUGCUGGGACUUGAACAUUCAAUUUCUAUGGGUUUAUUUUGAUUCUGCCAAAGUAAAAUGAUAGAUCAAACAAGGAUAAACUCAGAUUUAACCUGUUAUUUCUAUGAAAAUGAGAUGAAUUCUUCGUUUAUGCACUUUUUUCCUUACUGUGCAUACGCCUGACAGUGUUUUUGCCUCAUAUACCUCACUAGUCAUGCUUAUGUGGGUUCUCAAGCAAGAAAAGCAUUGGAAAUCUCAAGGAAAAGUUCUUUCAACUUUCACAACCUAAUUUAUGGACUGUUUUGAUAGAUUUUUAAAAAAAAGAAUUUUUAGAAAAGGUCUUCGGUUUUAGUUUGCCAAACACAAUGCCAAAGGAGAAUUUGAAAGCCCAAUGGCUUGGCUGUAUUUUUAUACUAUUGUAUUGUGUGUUUUUGUUUUGUAUGAUGACUUUUCCAACACAAUUUUUGCAUAUUCUUUAUUCUACUUUUCUGCCAAAACCCACCUGUACUUCCUUUUUAGACAGAUUUCAAAAGAAUUCAUACUUAAAAGACAAAAAACAAACCUGCCCAAAAUGUGAAGCUUUGUUGGCUGAUGCUGUUCAUGACAGAAAGAAUAAAACGUUUCUCUCUGCCUUUUAAACUGAAUAGUUAUUUCUAUGAGAAGGCAAUGUAGAUUUCAGUCUUUUACCUUUGGAUUUCCAUUCUAUUUCAAAAAGGCUAAUAAAAUUGUCCAACUUUUAUGGAGGAAAAAAAUCAUAUUUUUGUAUGCAUCAAAAAUACAUCAUUUUAAAUCAAGGCCAAAGGGGUAAAUAAGUGCAAUUUUGUCAUAACUGAGUUAAAGGGAACCCUGGUUCUCAAAGGAAAAUGCUAGGCACACAUCACUGUUCAGAAUGUGUGUAUUUUUGUGGGUUUAAAAAUGCACAAUAGAUUGAGUUUAAUAUGCUUUGGACCUACAGCCCAUAUUUACACAGACCAAGUGAAGUGAAGAGCUAAAGCAAUUAUUUGGCUCUUUUCUGACAUGUCUUACAGAUUUUCCAAAUAGAUAAUUGUUCAACUUCCACUUGACUUCGCCUGUGUAGACAGAGGGUAAAACCAGCCCCAUAUGGUCAAAAUCAAAAAGAGUUGGGCACAAUGUAGUGGUCUUGCAGCCUAUCGAUCAAUAUCCUGUUUAAUUCAAAUCAGAAGAUUUCCCUCCAAAAGUACACAGAAUUACACAGAUCACCUGAACUCUCCCUCUCUUGACUUAUAUUGACAUAGCUACACAGUACAAGGGAAAGAGAAGACCAGUACCUAUCUCUUGAAUCUGGGCAUAUAGAAAACCAAACUGGAUAUUCUGGGUACCCACCCUCCCUCCACCCCCAAAACAUACACACACACACACACACACACACACACACACACACACACACACUCUACUUUAGGGCCUCAGUUAUCCAGACUGGUGGACUGGUGGCUGGCACUACAAAUCUUUUCCUAUACUUUGUGCUGUGUAGACUUGGGCUAAAAACAUGUUUGGAACCCAUA